AUGGACACAGGAAACACUGGAUGCAUAGCUGAUAAACCUAGCGGCAACGCAAGUCUUAUAUUUGUUAAUGAGGAGGAGGAGUUCCUACAAAACAAAAGCAGUGCAAUGCUUUUUGUUGAAUCAAAGGGUCAUGCUAUGCAUGUCUUCAUCAAUCAUGUUCUUCAAGCCAGUGCAUCUGGAAAUGGCACAGUGCCACAUUUCAAGUUUGGAACUCCUAUUGUUCUCAAGGCAGGGAAGAAUGACAUUGCCUUAUUAAGCAUGACUGUGGGCCUACAAACUGCUGGAUCUUUUUAUGAAUGGAUUGGAGCUGGUCCAACAAGUGUCAAAGUUGAAGGGUUCAAGAGUGGGACUGUGGACUUGUCUGCGAGUACUUGGACCUAUAAGGUUGGAUUGCACGGAGAAUAUUUGAGGAUACACGAGUCAGGUGGCUUGAACAAUAAAAUCUGGGCUCUGACUUCAGAGCCACCAAAGCAACAGCCCCUCACAUGGUAUAAGGCAGUAGUUGAUGCGCCUCCUGGUGACGAACCUGUUGCACUUGAUAUGAUUCAUAUGGGAAAAGGACUGGCUUGGUUGAAUGGACAAGAAAUUGGCAGAUAUUGGCCGAGGAAAAGUUCUAAACUUGAGAAGUGUGUUACUCAAUGUGACUACAGAGGGAAAUUUAACCCUGAUAAAUGUGACACUGGCUGUGGAGAACCUACACAGAGAUGGUAUCAUGUGCCACGAUCUUGGUUCAAGCCAUCAGGAAAUAUCUUGGUGAUCUUUGAGGAGACAGGUGGAGAUCCUUCUCAAAUUAGAUUCUCAAAGCGAAAGGUCUCUGGAACUUGUGGCCAUCUUUCAGAGGACCACCCAUCCUUUUAUGUUGAAUAUCUGCAAGGAAGUGAAAUUAAGAAUAAUGAAAACAGGGCAAUUUUAAGGUUGAAGUGCCCCACAAAUACUCACAUUUCUGCUGUCAAAUUUGCCAGCUUUGGAAAUCCUACUGGCACAUGUGGCUCCUACGUGCAAGGAGACUGCCAUGAUCCAAAUUCUGCAGCACUAGUCGAAAAGGUUUGCCUGAACCAAAAUGAGUGUGCAUUAGAAAUGUCCAGUGGGAACUUUAACAUGCAAUUGUGUCCAAGUACGGUAAAGAAACUUGCCAUUGAAGUAAAUUGCAGCUGAGCACCAUUGCCCAACAUGAAAGGCAUAUUAUAAUCCAUUUUUUUGCCAUGAAAAUGAUCAUCCUUAAACCUUUCUUACAUAGCAGAAAAAUCUGCUAUUCCUUCUUCUGUUUAUGAUUUAGAGUUGAAGAUAUGGUUACUGAUGUCUCGUUUUAGAGCACCACCAAUCCCUCUAUUUUCUCAGAAAAUGAAGACAGUAUAGGAUAGUCAUAUUUGAAAACAAGUAUUCAUCUUUAUUCAGUCAACAUGCAAGAUUUAUUUGUGAGAUUGAAAAUUAUGCAAAAACCAGCUGUGAGAACAAAUUAUGUGUUUUCUUUAGGGAACUGUUGAUGUGUU